AUGUUUGCAGAGCCAGAUGCACCUAAUUCCCCUGAGGUUGUGGUCACUGGAGUUAAUGAAGUUGCAGAAGAAACUCCAAGGUCUAAGAGAUUGAGACUUAGGAGGAUGAGGAAAGCUCCAUCCCAACCCCAAUCACAACCCCAAACACAAGAACCUACUACCCCCCCUGUUGCAGAUGCUGCUCAUGACACUUUGCCUGAAACACAGCCUGACCCAAACACUGAUUUUGAGAUGGAUUAUCUUUCUCAACCCCUGCCUGAAACACAGCCCCAAACCCAACCCCAAACACAAACCCAAACAGAACCACAGCCCCAAACAGAACCACAACCCCAAUCAUUGCCCCAAUCCCAAUCCCAAACAGAACCACAACCCCAAACACAGCCCCAAAGACAAACAACUGAUGCUGACUUUGAAUUUAUAGAAGAAGAGUUCAAUCCAGACACACAAGGGGAAGUGGAAAGGGAACAUGUUGGGACAUCAGAUCCAAACAGAUGGUGGAACCAGGCAAGUGAGAAUCCUGUUGGCAAUGAUGAUGGCAAUGAUGGGUUAGAUUCAGGAGAUGAACUACACAGUGUUCACAGUGAUGAUGAAGAAGGUGAUCAUACAUCGAGGUUGGAGUUCAAUCCCCAAACCAAGAAAGAUGACUUCAAGUUUGAGUUGAACAUGGAGUUUGGUAGUAUCGAAAUAUUGAGGGCUGCACUGAAGGAGCAUUUCAUACAUACAGAUAGGGAAUAUAUUCUAAUUCACAAUGAUAGAGCUAAGUUCAGAGCUAAGUGCAGUGCAGAGGGGUGCCCAUGGGUUCUACAUGCACAUGUCCAACCAGAUGGAAUGACAUUCAAGAUCACUACAAUAACUGAAGGAGGGCACCAAUGUGGCAUGGUCUUGGAGAACAGGCUUAUUGAUGUGAAUUGGGUGACCAAACACUUCAUUGAUCAGUUUAGGCAACACCCUGAAAUGGAAUUCAAACAGUUUGCUGAAAUGACCAAAGACACAAAGUAUUCUAAGGUCACUUCAUGGCAAUUCUACAGAGCCAGAACUGCAGCAAAGGCAUUGCUUGAAGGGUCUGUGGCAGAACAGUAUGCCAUACUAGAUGAUUACUUCCAAAUGAUCUUGAAGACCAACCCAGGGAGUACAGCCAAGAUUCAAACAGAGUUAAGGGGUGAGAGAAGGAUCUUUCAGAGGUGUUAUAUUUGCCUUCAAGCAUGCAAAGAAGGGUUUUAUAGAGGUUGCAGGCCAUUAAUAGGGUUGGAUGGUUGCUUCCUCAAAGGUUACUGCAAAGGUGUGCUAUUGGCAGCAAUUGGUGUAGAUGGAGGGAAUUCCAUAUUUCCUGUAGCUUAUGCAGUUGUGGAGAAGGAAACUACUAGCAGUUGGGAAUGGUUCCUAACAUUAUUGAAGGAUGACUUGGCACCAAGGGAUACAAGGACACUCACCAUGAUGAGUGAUAGGCAAAAGGGUCUUCAAAAUGCUGUUGAGUCUAUUUUCAACAGCCCUGACACAAGAUUCUGUGUUAGGCACAUGUACUGCAACUUCAAGAAAGACUUCCCUGGCCUAUUACUGAAGCAACUUGUGUGGGCAGCUGCUAGAUCAACAAUUCCUGCUCAUUUUGACCAGAGGAUGAAAGAAAUCAAGGAUAUAAAUGAAGGAGCUUACAAUUGGUUAGCAGCCAAACAAAAGUCAGAGUGGACAAAGGCAUACUUCAAGGAAGGUGUUAAAUGUGACAUGUUAUUGAACAACAUGUGUGAAAGCUUCAAUAUGGCCAUUAUGGAUGGAAGGGACAAGCCCAUUGUCACACUGUUGGAGACAAUCAGAGGUUGGUUAAUGUCUACUUUCACAAAGAGAAGGGAAGGCAUACAAAAGUGGAAGCAUGGAGUGCACAACAACAUAGCAAAGCUUGUAGCAAAAAAUGCUGAAAUUGGUAGGAAGUGCUCUGUCACAAGAGCAAAUGCUGUUUUAUUUGAAGUUAAAAUGUCAGAAGCUGGUGCCUUUAUGGUUGAUCUGGACAAACAUGAGUGCACAUGCAGAAGGUUCCAGCUCACUGGAAUUCCUUGUGGUCAUGCCUUGGCAGCCAUUUGGUUUUGUGGCCAUAAUGAAUGGGGUUACAUACAUAGGUACUACAAAGCUGAAGCUUAUGCAGCAGCAUAUGCAGGCACAAUUUCCCCCAUGCCUAGCCCUGACAAGUGGCCAAACAAGGGCCUUAACCCUAUAUUCCCUCCCUGUGAGCAUAACCUUCCUGGCAGGCCAAAAAAGAAAAGGAGAAGGGGUGCUGAUGAAAAAGAUCCACCUGCAGCUGCCACAGUUAGAAAAGCCAGCAGAGUUGGAACUGUCAUGCAUUGUUCUAAAUGCAGAAAAUCUGGACACACAGCCCCAAGAUGCAAGGAACCUGUACCAAAUGUGCCAAACGAGGCUCCAAAGAAUAAAGGAGGUAGGCCACCAAUUCAAAAUCCAUCUGCUGCAACACUCAAGAGGAGGCAGAGAAGGGACAAACAACUUGCUAAAGAGGCUAGGAAGAGGGGUGAAGGUUCAAGUUCCCAGCCUCGGGGUUGAUUGUCGUUUAGAAUUGUAACAUUAUAAUUUACAUUAAACUAUUGUCACAGAAACUAGUUUUAGAUACCUUUUGGAUAUUUCUUGUAUAGGUGCAUUUUGGUGAUCUUUUGAUCAAUGCCCCGAGCACCAAUAGGGCCUUAAUUUAUAUUUGGCUCAAUGUGAAUUGUAUAGGUGCAUUUUGGUGAUCUUUUGAUCAAUGUGAAUUGUAUAGGUGCAUUUUGGUAAUCUUUUGAUCAAUGCACCAAACACAACAACAGUAUAUUUUGCUAAUGUAUAGGUGCCUUUUGGAUCUGA